AUGACUGGAGAACAAUCCCUUUAUAAUCUAGAACAAGAAAAUCAAAAUAAAAAUCAUCGUUUCAAAAUCCAAUCUAUUGUUGGUUUUCUUACAGUAGUUAUUUUUUUAACUACUAAUCAGUUGAAUGUUUAUUCAAGAUAUUUCUCAGCUCUAUUUCGAAUUUCACAAGUUAAUGCACAGAUUUUUAUAAGCAAAUUGUAUACAUUUCGUACUUUUUUAAUCAUUUUAGGUUGUUUAUCUAAAUUUAUUAUUUUUAAAAUACCAGUAGAUAAUUCCUUUCUUUCAUUAAUUUCAUUAUUUUUAAUUGUAGUUUGUAGAUUAAUAUUUCUACUAUUACUCUAUUUCACACAAAAUUUAGCUAUAAACGUAUAUUUUUUAUUGCUUUUUGAAGCGUUUUUGUUUGGAUUUUUCUAUACAACUUUUAUUUCCAAUGUUUUCGGACACAUUUUAAUCAUUAUAAUAUUCUUAGAUCUUGCUAGUUCAUUUGUGUUUUUCACACAACUAUUUCUCAGUUUAUUUUUAGAAAACAAUCCUCUUUUGAUUAUUAAAUUACAAUCAUGGUUAUCUUUAAUAUUAAGCAUUGUUGGAUUCUUUCUGUGGUACUAUUUUCUAAAUAAAUUUCAUAAACCAUAUUUUAAUGACACUCAACAAAAUGUUGACAAUAUUAAUAACCAUAUCCGGAGACUAGGUAUUUUUUCCCAAUCAACAAAUGAGUUUUCUACUAAAAUUAAUGAUGAAAUUGAAAAUUUAAAAGGAAUUUCUACUAUUAAACAAAAAAUAGCUUCAUUCUUAAAUGAAUUCAAAAUAUUUGUCAGAGAACUUUGGGAAACAAAAUAUUCUCAUGUGAAAGAAUCAAAUAAUAAAUCUAGUUUGGAUAAGAAAAGAUCAGAUUAUCUGUUAAACAGUAUAAAAAAAUUAGUUUUGCUAGAUGAUUUAAUAUCGACGAUUGAAAAAUUGAUCUCUUCUGGCAAAUCUAAAAUACUCGAAUUUUUAUCGGCCAGAGAGAUUUUAUAUGUUAAAAUUAAUUCAGAAUUUAGAGCACUAAGAGCUAUACGAUUUAAAAAUUCAUAUUCAGAAGAAAUUGAAAGCGUUAUUAAUUCUGGAAAUGAUCAUUCUAGUAGUUUAUAUAAUACUUCAGCAGUUAUUUCGGAUAUUUCAGCAAUACUAGAGGAAUUAAAUAUUCUGGGAAAGAUUAAAAAACUUCACAAGAUUCAUGAUGAAUUGAAAAGUCUAUCAGAACAAAUCACUAGUUUCAAAGACAAUAUGAAUUCAAUUAAUGAUUACAAGUUUUCAAUUAAAAAAGCAAAAUCAAAAUUAUCCAAACUUCUACGUAUUUUAUCAUCCAUAUUAGAAACUGUUAUGGAAGAGGAUGUUUAUGAAUUUUAUUUCCUUGAACAGUCAUUCGGGGACAAGAGGAAACUCCUUGUAGAAAUAGAACUAGAGUUUAAAGCAAUGUUCGAUGAUUAUUUAUCGAGAAUACAACUAAUAGAAACAAAAGGUACUUCAGAAAUACUAAAGUCCUUAGAUUUAGUAUACGAUUCAGAAUUUAAAUCAGUAAUGACAUCUAUUGUAAAAUUAAACGAUUUAGUCAAAGGCAUUCAAGAAAUAAAGGAGGAAUUAAUAACUCUAUUUGAGAAGAUUCAAAAGUUCAAAUUUAAUCUCCCAAUCAAUUCCUACGCUUUAUUUGAGCAGUGGAAUAAGGACCCUGAGUCUCGUAAUCUUUUGUUAGAAUCCGAAUACAGAUACUACCAAAUUAAAGAUUUUCAUAACUUUUAUUUGAGUUUAAAUCAUGCUAAAGUUUUGGAUUUAGUUGAAAAUUUUGAACAAACUGCUGAAAAAUUAAAUGAAAGUCUAACAGAGUGUUCUACUGUUAUUUCUGACAAAAUAACAACUAUUGAACAGUUAAUCAAUGAUUAUGAACCAUCAAAAAAUGUUUUGGAAGAGCUAAAAAUUGAUGAGACUGCAGACAAAAUAACAUUGGAUGAACAUAAGAAUAAACUUAGUUCCUUAAUUAAGGAAAUUAUUUCGGCUUUAGAGACUGAAAAUGUGGAAGUUGAAGAUGUUUUAAAGGAUCUGGUUGAAAAAUCUUCAAAUGAAGUUGAUAUUAUUUUAAAGAAAUUGGACUUACUUGUUACGAGUAAAAACGAGGAAAGUAUAAAAAAGUUAAAAGUUCUAAAAUUACUAGAAUUUCCAGAUGUUAAAAUUCAGAUUGAAAAAGAAUCUGGAUUCUUCGUUCUUUCACCAUUAUUUCUUUAUUACAGCAUUAUAUUUGGACUAUCUUCAUUUUUCUUUGAGUUUUUGUUUCCAAGGUUUAUCCCUUAUGGUCUUCUCGAACAUGAUAUAUCUGGUAGGGUUAACCUUAUUUUACAUCCAUUCAAAGUUUCCGGUUCCAUUAUAAUGUUUGUUAUUUAUUAUUUCAACAGGGAUUUUGUAAACUGGACUAGCAAUUUCAACUCAUAUUGGACACUAAUCGUUCCUCAGUUUUUAGUAUUUUUAUGGUCAAUGUUGGCAAUUCAUACAAGAGUUCGAAUGUUUACUUUCAUAAGGAAUUCAAUUUACUCAGUUAACAUUAUGGGUUUAAUAUUGGUUAUUUUAAACAGCUUUACUGAGGCCGUUAGUUUAGUUGGUUUAGGUUACGAGUUGUUUUUAAUGGGUGAAUCUUCAAAACUACUAGAAAUUCAUUUUAUCCUAUCGUUGUUAAUGCGAUAUUUUUACUCAAGAUUAUCAAUAGGGUACAACAACGCCAGGAUUAACAUGGGACUAAUACCUCCACGGUUUAUCCCCAAUAUCAUAUUAGCUAAUCCAGUAUGGUAUUGGAUUAGAGAAACUAUUUGGAGAUCAUAUAGAAACGUAUUUACUGAUCUAUCUACCAAUUUGGCUGAUAUUUUAAACAAUCCAUGA